AUGGAGGAGGCCAGGGAGGAGGUUGGUUAUACCCAGAGCGGGAGUGUUUCUGCCUGCCUGAAGUUGUGUCUGGGCUGGGUGGGGGCAAUGGGGGGUGCGGUGGGGGUCCCUGUCUCUGUGCUGCUGAACCUGAGGAGUCCCCAGUGCCUGUACACCUGCAUUACCCUGGUGUGCUGUCCUCUGCUGGUCAGGCAGUUCACUGUCUGCCUGCUGCUGCUCUUGACCCUCGACUCCCACCUGAAGCAUCGCAUGGGGAGCAGGUGAGUCAGAGAGGGGGGCUAAAAAGUACCAAAACUAAAUCAAGUGCACCUGAAAGAAUUUGCCAAAUGUUCUCAGGACUGCACUCUAGACCAGGAGUAUUCAACCGGAGGGUCCACAUAAAUAUUAAAAAAAUAAAUUAAAACAAACCAAAAAGUGGAACAAAUAUAUAUUUUUAUGAAUAAUGCUAGCAACAACAGAAUAAACAAUUGUAUUAUUACAUACAUACAGUAGAAAAGAGGAGGACAUCUUCUUUCUAACAAUGAUUACUUUAUUUAUCAACUCCUUAUAUUGAGCAAAUUACACUCAUUGGAGCUCAUUACACUCAUUGACAGGGAUUGGCAAAAAUAGCUAAUUACAAAAUACCAUAAAGAUCAAUGUAUCAAAGUAAACUACAAAAUAAGUUUGAAAUGUAUUUAAUUAAAAUACAUGCAUUUCAUAUUUUCAAAUAUAGAAAUACAUUUGCAAGUAGCCUGCCCGAACAGCAACAACAUUCUCAGUAACGGUUACAGAAACAUUUUACUUGCUAUGACUGUGAUAUGUUGUUGUUUAUCUACCUUAGUUGAAUGCACUGACUGCAAGUCCCUCUGGAUAAGAGGGUCUGUUAAAUGACCAAAAUGUAAAUAUACUGUAUAUGAGAAAAUUUACGGCAAAGCACACUAGGUAUUAUUAUUGACCUUGUUUCGAAGUGGAGAUUACUACUCAACAUGCUUUGUAAUUUUUUCUUUUUACAUACAGUAUACAUUUAUAUUUAGUUCAUUUAGCAAACACUCUUAUCACAUUAUAGUGCCAUCAGACUUUUGAUACCAAUGCAGGGUGAAAGUGGCCACAAAAUUGUAAAACCGCUAUAGAAAAUGGUAUAGAAAAUGUAUUUUGUAUUUUGAAAAUACUAAUUACAGCUCUCGAAAGUUACAAAAUACAUUGGAGUGUAGUUAAGCCCAGUGUAAUACAAAUUACCAAAAUACCUCAGAAGUAGUUGAGACAUAUUUUAAAAUAUAUGUAACAGAAAUACUGAUGUUAAAAAUAUUUGUUGGUCUGAUGUGAUUAAUAAGGAGCAUCCAGAUGCUGCACUGAUUAAUUUAUGAAAUUGCUUCUUCCAAUUACUGAGAAACAUGCACCUGUUAAGAAACUGACUGUUAGAACUGUUAAAGCUCCAUGGAUUGAUGAGGAAUUGAAAAAACUGUAGGUUGAAAGAGAUGGGGCAAAAGGAGUGGCUAAUAAGUCUUGCUGCACAUCUGACUGGCUGACUUACUGCAAAUUGAGAAAUGAUGUGACUAAACUCAACAAAAAUAAGAAGAAACUUUAUUAUCAAAACAAGAUCAAUGAUAUAAAGAAUGAUGGAAAUGUUAAAUGAAAUAAUGGGCAGAAAGACAAAUCCCCCCCCCCCCCCCCCCCCCCCCCCCCCCCCCCCCCCCCCCCCCCCUUAACCCCCCCCCCCCCCCCCCCCCCCCCCCCCCCCCCCCCCCCCCCCCCCCCCCCCCCCCCCCCUUUUACGGUUUUAAAAGACCAUCCUUUUGGGAUUUACAACUUUUUUGGAAAAAAACUACCCCUGCCAUUUCUUUUAAAACAAUAAAAAGAGUUCAGGGAGUUUUGGGAAGGGGGAAAUAAAUUGUAAAAUUGGGCCCCACUGGAAAACAAAUAUGUUUAUUUGGUUUAAAGAAAAAUUUUAAAAAAACAAGAUUUCCGGGGACCCUUAAAAAAUUUUGGGAGUUUUGGGGGUAAUUAUUUGGGCCAAAAAGUUGGGUUGGGAAAAAAUAAAAAGGGGUUUGGGUUUUAAGGGCCCUUUUUUCCCAAAAUUUUCCAUAUUUGGAGGCCCUUUUAAUUCCCGGGAAAACUAUCUUCAAUGAAAACCCAAAAGGGCUUUUUUUAAGGAAGCUUUCUAAAGUUUAAACAGGAAAGUGGGGUUUUUGCCGCAGGGCGCCCUUGGGCCCCCUACUCUUUUUUAUUUUUUCCAAUUUACCUUUCCGGUGCAUUAAACCCAAAACAUUUCGUCCAUGUAUUCUGUAUUCUGAUGAUUCAACCAUUGGUAAUCAGAGGGCUGAUAUAAUACUAUGCAGUCUCUCUUGGUUAAGAGUUGAGGAGAGACGACUGCAUCACUUCUUCUUUUUAUAAGAAACAUUAAUGUGUUGAAAAUCCCAAAUUGUUUGCAUAGUUAACUUACACACAGCUCUGACCACACAUGUACCCCACCAGACAUGCCACCAGGGGUCUUUUCCACAGUCCCCCAAAUCUAGAACAAAUUCAAGAAGCGUACACCUAUUAUAUAGAGCCAUUAUUGCAUGGAACUCCGUUCCAUCUCAUAUUGCCCCAAGUGACAGCAAACCUGGUUUCAAAAAACAGAUUAAAGCAAACACCUCACGGCUGUCAGUGUUGCUGUAGGUGGGUGUGGUGGUGGAAUCAGGCGCAGGACGCAGAAACGUAAGUCCAAAAGACUUUAGUGGAUGCAACAAACACAAGCACGAUAAAUGCCCUGAGGCGAGAACUCCGCACGCAGGCGAAAAAACAAACGGGCGCACUAAACAGGUGCGGACAAAACACUCCAACACCAUGGAGAACAGCUCAACCGAGCAAACAGUAUACGUACUAGCCAAACGCACGACAGUGAAAACAAUCACACACAACACUUGACAAACACAACGAGAACUUAUAGGACCACUAAUGACACUAAACGAUAACAGGUGUACAAUACCAGACCAGACCAAACGAACAUAGAAACAUACAACGGUGGCAGCUAGUAUUCCGGAGACGACGAACGCCGAAGCCUGCCCGAGAAAGGAAGAGAGGCAGCCUCGGCCGAAACCGUGACAGUACCCCCCCCCCCCCUUGACGCGCGGCUCCAGACGUGCGCCGACUCCGGCCUCGGGGACGACCAGGAGGACGCGGAGCAGGGUGCGUCGGGUGACCACGAUGGAAUUCCGUCAGGAGAGACGGGUCCAAAAUGUCUCUCCUCGGCACCCAGCACCGUUCCUCCGGGCCGUACCCCUCCCACUUCACUAGAUAUUGGAGACCCCCCAUCCGACGUCUCGAAUCCAAGAUGGACCCGCACGGAGUACGCCGGUGCCCCCUCGAUGUCCAAUGGGGGCGGAGGAGUCUCCCUGAUCUCACUUUCUUGGAGUUGGGCCAGCUACCACCGGCCUGAGAAGAGACACAUGGAACGAGGGGGUUAAUACUUUUUAUACUCAACAGGUAGUUGUAAUCUGUAACACACCUCGUUCAAUCUUCUCAGGACUUUAAAUGGCCCUACAAACCGCCGACCCAGUUUCCGACAGGGCAGGCGGAGGGGCAGGUUUCUGGUAGAGAGCCAGACUCGAUCACCAGGUGCGUUACACCGGUCCCUCACUGCGGUGUGGAAAUCGGCGCUCGCCUUUUGACGACGGAGGGCCCGCUGCAGGUGGACGUGUGCAGAGUUUCCAUGUCUCCUCCGAGCGCCGCACCCACUCAUCCACCGCAGGAGCCUCGAUCUGGCUCUGCUGCCAAGGUGCCAGAACCGGCUGGUAACCUAACACACAUUGGAAAGGGGUUAGGUUAGUGGAGGAAUGGCGUAGGGAAUUCUGGGCCAUUUCGGCCCAGGGAACCGUACCUUGCCCACUCCUCCGGCCGGUCCUGGGCAGUAUGUUCUAAGAAACCUACCCACAUCCUGGUUCACACGUUCCACCUGCCCAUUACUCUCCGGGUGGUAACCCGAGGUGAGGCUCACCGAGACCCCCAACCGCUCCAUAAAAGCUCUCCAGACUCUGGAGGUAAAUUGGGGACCUCGAUCAGACACAAUAUCCUCGGGUACCCCGUAGUGCCGGAACACAUGGGUGAAUAGCGCUUCGGCGGUCUGCAGGGCAGUAGGAAGGCCCGGCAUAGGGAGCAAAGACAGGCCUUAGAGAACCCGGUCCACAACGACCAGUAUAGUGGUAUUCCCCUGUGAAGGAGGAAGGUCAGUGAUGAAAUCCACCGAGAGGUGAGACCAUGGUCGUUGUGGACCGGGCAGGGGUAGUAAACUUACCCCUAGGAGAUGUCUAGGCGCCUACACUGGCGCACACCGAGCAGGAGGAAACCAUAAACCCUAACAUCCCUCGCCAAGUGGGCCACCCAGUACUUAGCACUAAGACGUGCACUGUCCGGCCGAUACCCGGUGUGUCCAGAGGGGGUGACGUGUGAGCCCAAUAGAUCAAUCGAUCCCGAACCUCGAGCGGAACGUACUCCGACCCUCCGGGCAUUGAGGUGGACUAGGGUCGGUGCGUAACGCCACGCUCGAGUUCAGCAUCGACUCCCACACUACCGUGCCACCAGACAAGACUCCGGCAGUAUGGGAGUGGGCUCCACGGACCUCUCCUCCGUGUCAUACCGCCGAGACAGUGCGUUGCCUUACCGUUCUGUGACCCAGGGAUGUACGUGAUCUUAAAUAUGAACCGGGUCAAAAACCAUAUUCCACGCGCCUGGCGAGGGUUUCAGUCUCCUCGCUGCCCGGAUGUACUCCAGGUUACGGUGGUCCGUCAAAAUGAGGAACGGGUGUUGAGCCCCCUCAAGCCAGUGCCUCACACCUUUUGGGCCGUACCACGGCUAACCGCCCCUGUCCCCCACGUUUAUAAUUUCGCCCCGCCGUAUGAGCUUUUGGGGAAAAAAAAAAGACAGGGCGGAGUUUGGGGGCGCGCCGACCCUUGCGGAAAAAAAGGCCCUAUAUGGCCUUUUGAGCGGCCCAAACCUUUUACCUGAAAUGGUUAAGAAGGAUCCCGGGUCGCCAGCACCCGGGGGCCGGGGGGUAACAGGUCCCCUUAGCCCCCCCAAAAAGCCCCCGUCCGCCUCGGCUGACCCCCUGCAGACGCCCCCGGAAAACCCCCCAAAAAAAGACGUUAGGGAGUGCCCCCUGUCCAAAAACCCCCGGGAAAUUUAAAACCCCCGGAGGUUUGUAAUUCGCAAACCCCCCAAAAAAUGCUGCACCUCCUUCAAACAGUGGUGGCGUUUGCCAAUUACGCACGGCUUGACACCCGGUCUACCUCCCAUCUUCACCCCUGACGCAGACAACUGAUAACCCAAAAAGGAGACCGACUCCUGGAAAAACAGACACUUCUCUGCCUUGACAUACAGGUCGUGCUCCAACAGCCUCCGCAACACUCGGCGCACCAGGGCCACAUGCUCGACUCGGGUAGACGAGUACACGAGAAUGUCAUCUAUGUACACGACCACCCCCUGCCCCUGCAUGUCCCUGAAGAUCUCAUCCACGAAUGAUUGGAAAACUGAAGGAGCGUUCAUCAACCCGUAUGGCAUGACAAGAUACUCGUAAUGGCCCGAGGUGGUACUAAAGGCUGUCUUCCAUUCAUCGCCCCCCCCCUAAUGCGCACCAAGUUGUACGCGCUCCUGAGAUCUAAUUUAGUGAAAGAAACGCGCCCCGUGCAAUGACUCCGUCAUGGUCGCAAUCAGCGGGAGUGGAUAACUGUACUUCACACCGUGAUCUGAUUGAGCCACGGUAAUCAAUGCACGGGCGUAACCCACCAUCCUUUUUCUUCACAAAAAGAAACUCGAGGAUGCAGGGGAAGUGGAGGGCCGUAUGUAUCCGUGUCUCAGAGAUUCGUCUAUGUAAGUCUCCAUAGCUCUCUUCUCCUCCUGAGACAGAGGAUACACCAUGGCUCCGUGGGAGUGCAGCUCCUGCCUGGAGGUCUAUCGCCACAAUCUCCCUGCCUAUGGGGAGGCAACUGCGUCGCCCUCGACUUACUGAACACAAUAGCCAAAUCCCCAUACUCAGGGGGAACGUGCAAUGCGGGCACCUGGUUUGGACUCUCCACCGAGGUAGCCCUACGGAAACGCCUAAACAUCGACCCACACACUGAGCAGACCACUCCAUCAGAGCCCUCUCCUGCCACGAAAUAGACGGGUUAUGGGUACUCAACCAGGGCAUGCCCAGCACCACCGGAUACGCAGGCGAGUCGAUCAGAAAUAGCUGGAUCAUCUCCUGAUGACCCCCCCUGCGCACACAUCCUAAGUGGCGCCGUGACCUCCCUGAUCAAGCCCGCACCCAACGGACGGCUAUCUAGGGCAUGAACGGGAAGGGACGUCAAACAGGGAGAAGGGGAAUCCCUAAGGCUAAACAAAUCUCUUAUCAACAAAAAUUCCCAUGCCGCGCCUGAAUCUACCAGCGCCUAUGCUGGGAAUGAGGUGCGACCUGUGGAAAACGCACAGGUAUACAGAAGUGCGCAACAGAGAGCUCUGGGUGAGUGGGGUGCCUACUCACCCUGGAAGGGCUCCCCAGUGCGGGUGCCUGUCGUCUUCUCCCCUAGGAGGCCAUCCCCAGCACCUAGCCGCGGUGUGUCCUCCCCGACCACAGUUGGUGCAGGAGAUGGACCCCCUCGUACUCCGACCCCUCCUCUCUCUAGCGCCAGCGCCCCCGAGCUCCAUGGGGCACGGCUCGGAGGCGCUGGAGGGUGAAAUGGACGGACCCCCCUCGGGACGUCCGCGGGUAGCUAGCAGGGUAUCCAGCCUGAUGGACAUGUCGACUAACUGGUCGAACGAGAGGCUGGUGUCCCGACAGGCCAGCUCCCUACGGACGUCCUCACGUAGACCACAGCGGUAGUGAUCAAUGAGGGCCCGCUCAUUCCACCCUGCAUCCGCCGCUAGAGUCCGGAAUUCCAACGCGAACUCCUGGGCACUCCUCCUCCCCUGCCGGAGGCAGAACAGACGCUCCCCCGCCGCUUUCCCCUCCGGGGGAUGGUCAAACACCGCCCUGAAGCGGCGGGAGAAACUCGGCGUACGUGAUGGUGGUAGCGUCUAGUCUCCUCCACUCAGCGUUGGCCCAUUCUAACGCUUUGCCGGAAAGGCAGGAGAUCAGGGCGGACACGCUCUCGUGUCCCGAGGGCGCCGGGUGCACGGUGGCCAGGUAAAGCUCCACCUGGAGAAGGAAGCCCUGACACCCGGCAGCGGUUCCAUCGUAGGCCCUCAGGAGCGAGAGUCGAACUCCUCUGGGUUCCGGAGCGGGUAUGGGCUGACUUGCCGAUGGUGAGGGCAGGGAAGAUGGCGUUGGGGGUGUCCCUCGGGUCUCCCAGCGUUGGAGGUGGUGAUCACCUCCUGCAGGGCGGACCCCAUCCGCAGGAUCUGGUCAUUCUGCUCCCGGACCCUGUCCUCCAACGUCUCCUGUGCUGCUGCGGCUCCUGCUGAUUCCAUUCGAGCAGGUGUGUGAUUCUGUCAGUGUUGCUGUAGGUGGGUGUGGUGGUGGAAUCAGGCGCAGGACGCAGAACGUAAGUCCAAAAGACUUUAGUGGAUGCACAAACACAAGCACGAAUAAAUGCCCUGAGGCGAGAAACUCCGCACGCAGGCGAAAAACAAAACGGGCGCACUAAACAGGUGCGACAAAACACUCCAACACCAUGGAGAACAGCUCAACCGAGCAAACAGUAUACGUACUAGCCAAACGCACGACAGUGAAAACAAUCACACACAACACUUGACAAACACAACGAGAACUUAUAGGACACUAAUGACACUAAACGAUAACAGGUGUACAAUACCAGACCAGACCAAACGAACAUAGAAACAUACAACGGUGGCAGCUAGUAUUCCGGAGACGACGAACGCCGAAGCCUGCCCGAGCAAGGAAGAGAGGCAGCCUCGGCCGAAAACCGUGACAACGGCACAACGCCUCUCCCCUAUUUGACCUAGAUAGUUUGUGUGUAUGUAUUGAUAUGUAGGCUAUGUGUGCCUUUUGUAAAAAUAAAUAAAAAUUUAUGUUGUUCUGUCCUUCAGCUGUUGUCUAUUAAAGUUCUGUAUUAUGUUUCAUGUUUUGUGUGGACCCCAGGAAGAGUAGCUGCUUCUUUUGCAACAGCUAAUGGGGAUCCUAAUAAAAUACAAAAAUAAUAAUCUCUGCUCUCUGGUGUAUCCGAGAUAAGCUUUAAAAAAGCACCCGCAGGUACGGAUCACAGAAAGUGCCACUGGUUGCUGGUAAGCUUUCUUGAUUUGGACAUACAUUUUUGCCAACACGUUUACCUUUUUUUAACCAACUAAACAGCUACUUUUAGAAAACAAUGUUUGGGAAUUACCUUUGUCUAGCUAAUAGGCUAUGUUAGAGCUGAUACUUCCAAUUAUAAUGUGGGGAGGUCAAAAUAAUGAAAAACUGUCUACCAAAUCUAUUAAUUUUAAAUGUUGGUUAAUGUUACUUCUCCUUGCCAUUAUCAUUCACCUGAUGAUAAGACAAGACGUGAAAAAUAAAAUGUUGGUUAACACAUGAUUGGGGUCCCUGGGUCGCCAGUUUGCCUCGGCGGGGGUCCCUGGGCAGGAAAAGGUUGAAGACCCCUGCUCUAGACCAUCAGUGCAUGCUGGCUUCAUUUGACCCAUUGGGUUCUAUGUUUAUCCCUUCUCUCUCUCUCUGUUUCAGGUACAGUUCCCUGGUGACACGUCGGCGAGUCCUGUGUGUGGUCCUGCUGUGCUGGGUGGCAUCUGUCCUCUCCUCCUUUGCCCAGUUCAUCGGCUGGAAUGUCCUGGACACCUGGGGAGGGGCUGAGGGAUGGCUGGAUGAGCUGGAGCUGGAUGACAUCCCACCAGGCAACUGGACCUCCCCUCCUCCUCCCCCUCCUGCGCCCCCCAAGUACAACCAGGACCGCUCUGUGAUCGGGAAGUACCUCCCUUAUGGCGGCUUCCUGUCCAAGUUCUAUGUGGAGGAUCUCCAUAACUUCACUUACGCAGAGAUCCAUAGGAGCCACUGGGGGGUGUGUGCCCCCGACACCGUCCUCAGCCCCCAGUUCCUGGUCUAUGUCUAUGGGGUGACCGUCUUCCUGCUCCCGCUAAUGGGCCUGCUGGCCAUUUACCUAGACCUGGUCUGUGUGAUGCCCAGACAGGACCCUGAAGGCCCGGGCUCUGGCCCCCCAAAACGCCGCUCUCCCCGUGCCCGCUCUCUGGGCCUCUCCCUCUGCCUCCUGGUCCUCCUGUGCCUGCCCCUUCACAUCACCCACUCCCUCCUGCUUUUCUCCCCAGGCACACUGCCCCCGACCUGGGCUUUCCCGCUGGGCUCGCUCCUGUCGCAGCUCUACGGUCUGGUGCCCCCUCUCCUCUUCACCAUUCCCAUACAACGGGUGGGGGCGUCCUGCUCACUCAAAGGGAGGCUGUGCCCAGAUGUGUGUGUGUGA